GAGCGCCUCCCUCCGUCGGAGCUCGCUUUAGCGAGGUGGUUUCACCUCGUGUGGGCUGCUGGAGCACACUGCGUUUCACUUGUUUGAUCCUCCCAUCCUCCUGGCCCGACACCAUGGGAGUGACUUGUGUGUCCCAGAUGCCCGUGGCUGAGGGCAAGAGUGUCCAGCAGACUGUGGAGCUCCUCACCCGGAAAUUGGAGAUGCUUGGAGCAGAGAAGCAAGGAACAUUUUGUGUGGACUGUGAGACCUACCACACAGCUGCCUCUACCCUGGGCAGCCAAGGUCAGGCCGGGAAGCUGAUGUAUGUGAUGCACAAUUCCGAGUACCCUUUGAGCUGCUUCGCCCUCUUUGAGAAUGGCCCUUGCCUGGUUGCCGACACCAACUUUGACGUGCUCAUGGUGAAACUCAAGGGCUUUUUCCAGAGUGCCAAGGCCAGCAAGAUCGAGACCCGGGGCACCCGUUACCAGUACUGUGACUUCCUAGUGAAGGUGGGCACGGUCACAAUGGGGCCCAGUGCCCGAGGCAUCUCCGUGGAGGUGGAGUAUGGCCCCUGUGUGGUAGCUAGCGACUGCUGGAGCCUGUUGCUGGAGUUCCUGCAGAGCUUUCUAGGCAGCCACACCCCAGGGGCACCUGCUGUGUUUGGGAACAGACACGAUGCGGUCUACAGCCCAGCGGACACCAUGGUCCAGUACAUGGAACUCUUCAACAAGAUCCGCAAGCAGCAGCAGGUAAUAGAGACGAGGAAACCUAACCAAUGACUGUGGAGUAAUAUGGAAGAAGAUGGGAAAAACUUGUUUAAUGGCCCUCAAAAUAUGUGAGAGAACAAGAUGACAAAGGCCUUGGCUUUCUGGCUGGAAGACAGAAAGGAACUGAAAGAUACCUGGGAAGACAGUGGAGAAGGAGGAGCUCAGCAAACCAAGCCUGUAGAGUUAUCUGUGAACUCCCGGGUCCCCUUCUCAACAGCACAUUGCAUGAAUCUGGUCCUGAAGAGCACACAAAAACUAUUAGAAUUGAUUGUGUGAUAAAUAUCUGCCCAGGGCCUAGGCUGGCCACUGGCUAGCACUCAUGCCAGACGAUCCUAAUAUCUCUGCGUAGGCUUUCAAUGAGGAGCUG